CAGCGCCGCCGUUUCCCCGCUCCGGCAGCGGCCGGCAGGGGGCGGGCUGGUGGCGGGGGGCGGUGGUGGCGCGUCACUUCCGGUGCCAGGCGGCCGCCGGAGCGGAGCGAGGCCGGGCCGGGCCGGGCCCGGGGCCAUGGAGUCCUCGACCUUCUGCCCAUCCAGCCUUCUCCAAGGUGACAGCUCCUGCCUCCUGAGACGUUGGAAAACCUAGUUUGGAAGAAGAGUAAGGAUACAGUUGAUGCUGAACUACAGCCAAGGAUGAAGCGGCGAGCAUCGGACAGAGGAGCUGGGGAAACAUCCGCUAAGGCAAAGGCUCUGUGUGCGGGGAUCUCCGGGAAUAACGCCAAGAGAGCAGGUCCUUUCAUCCUGGGUCCACGUUUAGGUAACUCCCCUGUGCCAAGUAUUGUUCAGUGUUUGGCAAGAAAGGACGGGACAGAUGACUUUUAUCAGCUGAAGAUUCUCACCUUAGAAGAAAGAGGUGAUAAAGGAAUAGAAACCCAGGAGGAGCGACAGGGCAAGAUGCUGCUGCACACGGAGUAUUCUCUUCUUUCCCUGCUCCACAACCAGGAAGGAGUGGUCCAUCAUCACGGGCUCUUCCAGGACCGAGCUUGUGAAAUCAUAGAAGAUCUGGAAGCCAACAGGAUGGUGAGGAAGAUGAAGAAGCGCAUUUGCCUGGUGUUGGACUGUCUCUGUGCUCAUGAUUUCAGUGACAAAACAGCAGAUCUGAUCAAUCUGCAGCAUUAUGUCAUUAAAGAGAAGAGACUCAGCGAGCGGGAGACCGUGGUGAUAUUUUAUGACGUGGUACGAGUGGUAGAAGCAUUACACAAGAAAAAUAUUGUGCACAGAGACUUGAAACUAGGAAACAUGGUGCUAAACAAAAGGACUCACCGGAUCACCAUCACCAACUUCUGCCUGGGGAAGCACCUGGUGAGCGAGGAUGACCUGCUGAAGGACCAGCGUGGCAGCCCUGCCUACAUCAGCCCAGACGUGCUCAGUGGCCGGCCGUACCGUGGGAAGCCCAGUGACAUGUGGGCGCUGGGGGUGGUGCUGUUCACCAUGCUCUACGGCCAGUUCCCCUUCUACGACAGCAUACCUCAGGAGCUCUUCCGCAAAAUCAAGGCUGCCGAGUACACCAUCCCCGAGGAUGGCCGGGUCUCAGAGAACACUGUGUGCUUGAUCCGGAAACUGCUGGUCCUGGACCCGCAGCAGCGGCUGACGGCUUCUGAAGUGCUGGAUUCCCUCAGCUCCAUCAUAGCGUCCUGGCAGUCCAUGUCCUCACUGAGUGGCCCUUUGCAAGUGGUGCCGGACAUAGAUGACCAAGUGGCCAAUCCUGAAAACCCCCAGGAGGUGAAGGUGACGGAGGAGUGCUCCCAGUACGAGUUCGAGAACUACAUGAGGCAGCAGCUGCUCUUGGCUGAGGAGAAGAACACCUUGCAUGAGGCCAAGAGCUUCCUGCAGAAGCGGCAGUUCGGGAACAUCCCGCCCGUGCGGCGCCUGGGCCACGACGCGCAGCCCAUGAACCCUUUGGACGCGGCCAUCCUGGCCCAGAGGUACCUCCGGAAGUAGCUUCCCAUGCCCCAAGAGCACGAGCACCACCCUGCAGUCUGCCCUCACCUCGCCCGCUCCAGCCUACAGCAAUACCGGUGUCCCACGAUGGGGAAUAAUGUAGCAAUCCCAAGCUCUGUCCAGGGACACGCACUCACACCCGCCCCGGACGGAGGAGACUUUUGGAAAAGCUAGUUUUGGAAGCAGCAACCUCUUGGCAUCUUCUGGAAUCUGUUUUUUUAAAAUCGAAGCCUAGAUGACUAAUCUGCUUUUGAUCAUGACUGU